AUGCCCGGUGCGACCGAUGCACAGCGAGGCAACCGCCAGCUGCGGGCACCGGGCCACCACACCACCUCUACUGCUGUUCUUGCUGGAGGGACAUGGACCGGACCUCUGCCGUGCUUCGUGACUCCGGUGGGUGGUUGCAGUGUCGGGCAGGAACAGAGGCGGAGCAUCUGCUUCGAGGAUCAACAGCAGAAACACGGUCGGCCGAUCACCCCGCGGUCGGCAAGGAGACCGAGGGAGGAUGAACGGAGCAGCAGCGACACGGGUGGCAGCUGGAAUGAAGGAGAAGACGAUGAGAGUGUCCCAGAAAGGAGGUCUGGCAAGGCUGGGACUCCGAUGCCAAGAAUGGUGUCGUGGGGGCUGAACUCUAGGAGCCAACCCAGCGCGAGGAAGGCUCUCGGCAGCAACAAAAAGACGCACACCAUAGUGUAUGUCUGCGAGGUGUGCGGGUCGGAGCACGUGCAGUGGGUGGGCCGCUGCCCAACGUGCAAGGAGUGGAAUUGCGUCAAACCCUUCAAGGUCCGCAGGGAGCAAGGUUCGAGCCCCUCGCGCGUGUCCCGGGCUGCGGCUGCUAGCGUUACCGCUGGAGCUCGCGGCGGGGGACGCGGGGCGUCAGGUGGUGAUCCGGAGUUCAGCGGCCUGGGAGGCGGUGCCUUCGGAGGGAGCGGGGGUGCCGGGUGGCUUCCCGAGGAAGGAUUUGCCGCUCCCACGCUCCUCUCGGAAGUGGGCGAAGCCGAAAAGCAAGGAAGAAUGCCGCUGCCUGGCACGGAACUCCCCCGUGUGCUCGGCGGCGGCCUCGUGCCCGGAAGCAUGGUGAUGCUUGGCGGGGACCCCGGGGUGGGGAAGUCCACGCUCCUGCUGCAGCUCGCGGGGCAGUUGGCGUCCUCGCAAGCUGGCGCAUUUGAGGCGGCGUUCGAAGAGGAGGAGGAAGCCGACGAAGGUUUCCAGGAGGAAGCAGGCGGCGAGGCGGGAGAGGAUGCCACACCCGUGACGGAAGCGGAGCGGUGUCGGGCGGGCACCGUAGUCUACAUCUCCGGAGAAGAGAACAACUCGCAGGUCGCGGCGAGGGCAGCGCGGAUGGGCAUCGGCGGGGUAGACCUAUUCCUGUACUGUGAGACGGACAUCGAUGUCAUCAUUGACCAGAUGUUGGUCAUGCAGCCUCAGCCGGCACUGGUGAUGGUGGACUCCAUCCAGACCAUGAGGACGCAGGACUCAACCUCCAGUCCUGGCAGCGUCACGCAGGUGAAGGAGUGCGCGAGCAGGCUCGUCCGCCUAGCCAAGGGCUCCGGGAUCACCGUGUUUAUCGUAGGGCACGUGACUAAGUCGGGAUCGAUUGCCGGUCCUAAGGUGGUGGAGCACAUGGUUGACACGGUCCUCUACCUCGAGGGGGAUCGCUUCAACUCCUACAGGUUGCUGAGGAGCGUGAAGAACCGCUUCGGGCCCAGCAACGAGAUCGGGGUGUUUCAGAUGGAGGCCGGCGGUUUGGACGAUGUGGCGGACCCUUCCAUGCUCUUCCUUUCCGACAAAAAUGUCGAUGACGACGACCACGCAGAGCACAUGGACGGGUCAGCGGUGUGCGUGUACAUGGAAGGAAGCCGGCCCAUCCUUUGCGAGCUGCAGUCCCUGGUCACGUACACCAGGCUACCGUCCCCGAGGCGCACCUCCGACGGUUUGCCCAUUCCGCGGCUGCUGUUGCUGCUAGCCGUUCUCCAGAAGAGGCUAGGUUACGACAUGAGCUCCCGCGAGGUGUACUUGAACAUCGUCGGGGGAUUGAAGGUGCAGGAGACGGCUGCCGAUCUGGCCGUGGCCCUCGCCGUUGUGAGCAGUUACACCACCAUCCCCGUCCGACCGGACACGUGCUUCAUCGGAGAGAUCGGCCUCGGAGGAGAGCUCAGGCCAGUGCAGCAACUACCCAGGCGAAUCCAGGAAGCGGAGACGUUCGGAUUUUCCAGAGUAGUGGUCCCGUUCACGCGCAAGAAUCGCUCCGCAAGGUCAAGGGGGGGUGGGAGGGCUGGCAAAGCUAGAGUGGCUGCGGGGGUGUCGGAAGCAGGGAAUGACGGCCGACGCGGCGCGAUCGAAGUCAUUGAGUGCAGGAACCUCAAGGAUGCUGUGGCAGCGGGGCUUACAGCGGUCCCCAAGAAACGGGGCGGAGGCAGCCGCCGGUCAGGAGGAAAGGGUAGAGGCCGCUUUGAUCCCUCAUCGUCCUCAUCAUCUUCGGAGCCAGAGUAUGGUUGGCAGAGCAAUAAGAAGAGACAGCCGAUGGAAGACGAGGGUGGUGGUGGUGGUGGGAAAGUACGAGAGUCCGGGUUUGGUAGUACAAGCGGGGGCGAUGUUGUUGAUAUGGAGGGGUUUGAGGGAGGAUGGCGGGAUAGUAUGAGGGACCCUGGAGGGUAUGGGAGUAGUGCGGAGGAGGAAGAGUUUGAUGAGUGGGCGGAUGGCGAAGAUGGCGACGAGCGACGAUAG